AUGUCGAAAUUCGAGGCUUUCCCGCGUCCCACCCAGACCUACCACUCGCAGACCUACGACCGCAUCUCGAAGCACCACCACUUCACCGGCACCGGCAAGACCAUCCUGGUCACCGGCGGCUCCACCGGCGUAGGCUACAGCAUCUGCCAGGCGUUCGCGGAGGCGGAGGUGGCGCGCAUCGCCAUCAUCUCACGCUCGCCGGGGCCGCAAGCCGCGGCGAAGGCGGCGCUGGAGGCCGCACACCCGGCGGUGCAGAUCGUCACAUACGCGGCCUCGAUCACCGACCACGCGCGCAUGGCCGCCAUCCUCGCCGAGCUGGGGCGGGUCGACGUGCUGGUGCUGUGCGCCGCCGUCGUCCACCGCCAGGUGCCCGCCACCGCGAUCACGGCCGCCGAGAUGCAGGCCGCCUUCGACGUCAACGUGCUCGCUCCCUUCCACCUCGUCCAGGCGUACCUGGCCGCCACCACCACCACCACCACCACCGCGGCCACGAAGACCGUCAUACACGUCUCGUCCGCCGCGGCGCAGACCCGCAGCCCGUUCCGCGCCGGCUACGGCCCCAGCAAGGCGGCCGCCACGCAGCUCAUGCAGCAUUUCGCCGCCGAGCGCGCCGGCCCCGCGCUCCGCGUCUUCUCCUUCCACCCGGGCGCCUUCUAUACCCCGUCUGUCGCGGAACAUUAUGCCCCGGAUUCCACGGGGUGGGAGGAUAUCAAUCUGCCGGCGCAUUUCGCGAGGUGGCUGGCGGGCCCCGAAAGUGGGUUCCUGAACGGCCGGGACCGGGUGGAGCGGGACAGUAGCUUUUUGACCAUUGGGCUAGUGCUGUAG